CAUUCAUUCACGGAGCAAACGCAAUAACGAUGAAAAGCCUCGGCGUGUUGAUCUGGAUCUCUGCAGCUCUGACAACAACUGGAGCAGAAAGAAAAUGGAUGAAACGUUCUAUUUUCUCUUCCUCCUCCUCUUCCUCCUCCUCUUCUUCGUCUUCAUUCUCCUCCUCCUUUGAGAGUUCAGGUGGAACUUGUCUGAACGGAGGAACCUCUGUCCCAUCACUGACCACCGGUGAACACAUGUUCUGUUUGUGUGCUGAUGGUUUUGAGGGAAGACGCUGUGAAACAGCCAAAGGUGGUCAGUGCUACGAGGGCGUGGGACUGUACUACAGAGGACGGGUGUCUAGGUCCCAGAGUGGACGGACAUGCGAGGAGUGGGAUUUAGAAACCAGAGAGCGAUUCAUGUCAUCAGAUGUCAAAGCAGGGAGACACAACUACUGCAGAAAUCUUUUCUAUAGACGACGUCCGUGGUGUCAUGUUUGGAGAAACCAGCAGCUGGUGCGGGAGUAUUGUGAUGUUCCACGUUGCGGCUCAGAGUCACCUCCACCGUCACCUGCACCCACAGAGCCGCAGCCAGCUGCAGAAUGUGGGCGGCGCAACAGACGAAAGCAAAUGAAGAUUGUCGGUGGAACAGUUACCACAUUGGAAUCACACCCGUGGGUCGCUGCCAUAUUUUGGCGCAUCAAAUCCAAGGAGAAGGUUUUCCGCUGCGGGGGGAGUCUGAUCUCAGCCUGCUGGGUCCUCACCGCCGCCCACUGCUUUCCCGAUGGCUCCCACGCCAAAGAACGGCGCUUCUCCGUCGCCCUGGGGAAAAACGCUCUGAACGAGAGUGACCCAACCGAGCAGACAUUCAGAGUAGAGAAGAUCAUCGUCCAUGAAGGCUUCGACAACAGCGAGGGCAACUUCAACCAUGAUAUCGCGUUGGUGAAGCUGAAGGCUCGAAGUGGUCAGUGUGCAGAAGAGAGUAACAUGGUGAAGCUCGUCUGUCUGCCGCCGCCUCUGCAGAACCUCCAGCCUGGUGUCACCUGUGAGAUCGCCGGAUACGGGAAAGAAAGACACGGGUUGUGGUAUCGGUCUCAGUAUCUCCGAGAGGCUCAGGUGAACCUCUUCGCUGACGACGUGUGUCGACACAGGGACUAUUAUGCAAACAUGAUCACCGACAACAUGUUCUGUGCCGGGAGACCCGACUGGAGCCAGGACGCCUGCGAUGGAGACUCAGGCGGGCCUCUGGUGUGCGAGGUCGACAACAGGUUCUUUCAGUUCGGAGUCAUCAGCUGGGGUGAUGGCUGCGCCAAGGAGUUUCGACCCGGCGUUUACACCCGAGUGACCAAUUACAACCGAUGGAUAGAAGAGAAGACGGGUCUGAAGUCUAUCAGUGCUGGAGCCAUGUUCCCUCAGGACAUUCCAACCGAUUCAAGUGUUAAUAUGUAAAAGUCCGCUGCUGAAAAUAGUCCCUAAGAAACAAAGUUCCCUUUUGCUACGAUGCUUUUAUGACGUAUUAGAUGAUAAUGUGUAAAUCAAAUGUGAUUUUAACUCAAGGUAACAAAACCCAAAACUGACUUGCUACUUCUCUUGGUCGUGAGUUGUCAGGUUGUCAUGUCGUGCCCUUCCUCUGUCAAUAGGUGGCGUUAGUGAAUUCACUAUGUUGAGUGUGGACCACAGACUGUGAAUAAAGAUGUAUGACAUGACAGCUCCCGAAACUAAAACCAUCUCAGUCACAGGCUGAGGUGUUUAGGUCAUAAACCCCGCCUCCUCCAUGUUAGUAGAUGGGAAAAGGACAAAA